ACAUCCCGUAUGCAAAAGUGAAGCAUGCAAACAACGAGCAAGGCUUAUUCAAGAGUACGUCGAUACUUCCAUUGAUCCAUGCGAAGACUUCUUUAACUAUGUAUGCGGUGGCUGGACAAGCAAGAAGGAAGCUGGCAUGCAACCAUAUGAUGCGUUUACUAUGGUUCGAGAGGAAUUUAACAAAGUCAUGGCUGAACUACUUCAGAAAAUAAAGGCGCCUGGCAGCAGUGACAACGUUAUCAAUAAAGCUGGUAUCCUCUAUAAAGCUUGUUUGGAACCAAAAGAAAGUGAAAAGCAAGAUGUCCUGGACCUAAUGAAAGCAUAUAGAAUAUCGGAAUGGCCUAUAACUGAAUCGACAAAAGAGCAGUUCACAUUAAAAAGCUACAAAGAUGUUCUUAAGUCGAUUGGGAUGGCUCCACUGAUUCAGUUCUUCGUAGCAAGAGGUGCAAACACAGUCGAAAAGAACAUGUUGAAGUUAUUCAUGCUUGGGAUAAGGAAGAUGGUGACACAAGGACUUAUUCAAGAAGCCGUUAGUUUCCUGAAUCGAAGCAUAACCGACAUUGAGAUAGCGAAGCUCGCGGCUGAUCUCGGAAGUUUUGAAGACGCGUUGCUCAAGCUAAGAAUGACUGCUGCGAGAGGCCCCCCUCAAAUGACCGAGAAAACAUUCACAGAACUCAAGGAAAGCGCUGGUGAUUUUCCGCUAUUCGAAGUGCUACAGCAAGAGUUCACAAAAGCUGAGGUCACACUAACUGAAAACAUGAAGGCAGAAAUUUAUACACUGGAUCUGUACGUGGCUACCGUUAAAUUUCUGGAGGAGUCCGAGCCGGUGACACUCUACAACUUCAUAGGCCUUAAUAUUCUCCUUGGACUGGCGGAAUAUGCAUCAGUCAAUUUAGCUAAAGGAUCACAUGAAGCAAGAAAGCGGACACCGGAAGAAUGUGUUGGUUUGGUAUAUAAUGCAAUGAAGGAGGUUAUCACAUAUAUAUACGUUGUUGAGCACAUUCCUCCUGAAGCCAAGAAAGAGAUAGAGCAAAUUGUCAAAAGGAUUAUUCAGGCCUUCCUCGAUGAAUUGAAGACUGCUACGUGGCUGGACGAAGAAACCAGAACUAAAGCGGAGAGAAAGAUCCAAAAGCUCGCUGCAAAAAUUGCGUACCCAACCUGGUUACUGAAUAUGACAUUGCUUGAAAACCUAUACGGCGACAUAACCGAACUCAAUGCCGAGUCCACGUUCGUCAAAAUGAUGAAUGCCAUCAACGUGAAGAAAGACCAUAGGAUGAUGAACAAAUUGAACACAGAAUAUGACCAAAACUUCGACUGGCUUUUCAGCAUGUCAUUAGUAACAGCAUUUUACAAACCAAGUGCAAAUGAAUUCGUGUACCCGAUAGGUGGCCUUCGUUCUCCAUUCUACAGAUACCAUCUGCCCAAGUCAUUGAAUUACGGAGGAAUCGGAACAGUGAUUGCACAUGAAAUAAGUCAUAGUUUUACCGGGAAAGGAAGGUUUUACGCCGAAGAUGGCCGCAUAAGUCCAUGGGCUAUGAGUGAUUCGUACCAACGUAAGACGGACUGCUUCAAAGCCCAAUACGGAGGCGUAGUUGACAAGACAGCAAACAUGUCCAUCAAUGCGGAAAAAACACUGGAUGAAGACAUCGCCGACAACAUUGGACUACAAGUGGCGCUCAAGGCAUAUAACAACCUACUCAAAGAGUGUGGGAAGGAGGCAGCUAGGCUGGACGGCUUGGAUGACCGGUGGGGUGAUCAGCUGUUCUUUUUAUCAUAUGGGAUGGUCUGGUGUGAAGUAGCAAGCGCUGACAGUAUCAAGAGAAAAAUCAUGUUGAUGCCUCACAGUCCUAACCAACACAGGGUUAAUAUACCACUGGCAAACUCGGACGCCUUUGCGAAAGCUUUCGGCUGCUCAACUAAAAACAAUGAUCACAAAGGAAGCAGCACAAAUAAAUGUGUAUUUUUCUGACAAUGAUUGACAAUGCUUGGACAAAUAAAUGAAAAAA